AUGCACCCCGGCGACGACGGCCCUGGCACACCCAAGUUGCAGCUUCAGCUCUCCAUCCCCAUUCCUUCCCGCGACUCUAGGUACUACAUCUCAGAUGGAAAUACUGUGCUUCUCGUUGAGAACACUCUCUUCCGGGUUCACAGGUCCACGUUGACCAAGGACAAGUCCACGUUCGACAGCAUGUUCUCUCUCGACUCCGACUUGCGCUCCCAUUCUGCCGGAGGCUCCAAUGCAGUCAGACCUGAAGGAGAGAGUGACGAGAACCCGAUUACCCUCCAAGGCGACACGGCUGACGAAUUCCGUGCUCUUCUGUGGGCGCUCUAUUCUCUCCCUCACGAGUUCUCACUCGCACAAACGGGCCGCUCGUCCCAUGCCCAGCUGUUCAACCUGGCCAAGAUAUCCCACAAGUACGAGUUCCGCUCCAUCGAAGGCUGGGCCCUCGCCGCCCUCACCGCGCUCUACACCCGCCCCUCGCACUCGCCCCCGCUCGACGAAGCCGCCGACACCCCAAGCCUCGUGCAAGUAACCGAGCUCGCCUCCCUCUGCGAACAGCGCGAGCUCCUCGACGCCGCCACACUGCGCUGGAAGCGCCUCCUCGCCUCGUCGCGCGACGUCGCCCUCGCGCUCGGCCUCGCGGAGCGUCUCAACCUGCGCGGUCUGCUCGGCGCAGCGUACCACGCGAUGCUCCUCCAGGGGCGCGACGUGUGGGACGCGGACCCGCUCCUCACGCGCGCGCAGCGCGUGCGCCUUCUCUCCGGGCACUAUUCGCUCGCGCGCGCGUGGGAGCGUCUGCCUGGGGAGCCGCCCGCGCUCGCGCACAGCCCGCGGUGCACGGGCGGCGCGCAGGUGCGGUGCAAUGCCGCGUGGGCGGCGCUGUGGCGGUCUGCGCUCGAUAUGGGCAAGCAGGUGCUGCCGCUGCAGUAUGCGGAUGUGCUGGGCAAGGUGAUGCUCGCCGAGAGCGUGAUCAAGGCGCUCGUGGAGCGGGAGAUUCCGACGCAGGGCAUGCUGGAUGCGAUGCCGUGGUGCAAGGAGAACGCGCUGGGUGCGACGAGUGGGAAGGUGAAGGAGAUCCAGGAGACGCUGGCUGACCAUUUUACCGAUGUCGUGUAA